ACGGACUGGAAUUUCCCAGCGGUUGCUACGCAGGGCAGCAGUUCAUUACAUUGAAUGUGUUGAUCGGGUGGUGUUGUCAUUUUUCCUUGGAGUUGUGGGAAGUUGGACUUUGUGAGAGAAAGGAAGUAAACACACCGUUACCUAUAGGUGUACCUCCGCUGGGUGUUCUUUCAAGUGCAUCAGCAUGUUUAUGGCUAUAAAGGUAUAUUCAGGUGACUAGAACUGGGGAUUGUCAGCAUCCUGGUGACUGGAAGAAGGGAUUGUCCUUGACAGCAGAACAGAAGGAUUGCCUCUGGAUGUGGAAAGUUUCUGAGCAAGAGCAGUUCAUGUUCCUCCGGUGUACAAGUCAUGGUGUGACAUGUUUUUUAAAAGUGAUGCGAAAACCUCGUGUUGCUUAGCAUCUUCUUGAGGAGAACUGAGGUAGCUGUGGAUCCGAAAGGUGUACUGGACGAUGGAGGACGGGGCUACUUUAGGUGUCCUGAUCAAAGGAAGCAUCCAGGUGCUGCCACUAAGGAGGAAGAAGACGGGGGAUACUAAUUCUCUGACAGUUGUUGAGUUUGCAGUGCCACAAGAAAAUGAGAAGGCUUUGUGGGAAAUGAGGCCCCAAAUCCAGAACCUCUUUGGAGUUAAGCUGGAAGUGCACGGCGUCCUGUCCGGACCCAAUAAGUCACCUAAAAUUAAGGAUCAGCAACAGACUUGGCUGCAGCUAGAGGGUCCUGUGGAGGACUUGAAGAAAGCUAAGGAAUACAUCAUAGGGCUCUGCACUCCGGAGCUGGAACAAGUGGUCACUUACCCAAAAGAUCUCCACUGUAUCUUCACUAGAGCCAAGGGCCUCUUCCUCAGCUGCUUAAUUCUGGGAACAUCAGCAGGCAUCAUAGUUCAGGGUAAUGGUGUACUACGGAUUUUGGGGAAGACUGAGUCUGUGGUCAUGGCUCAUAGCCAGAUCCUGGAGCUUGUCACUAAGUACGAGAAGAACAUUCGAGUAUCCGAGGAGCAUGAGCUAGAAAUAAAGCGCAGAUUCAAGAUCCUGGUGGAGACAUUUGAGGAUAAGCACUUUGCUGACCUGUUGAUACUACCAAGCAGUGUUAAAAAUGACUUACUAACCCUUGUGCAGGAAUUCUAUGUUAUCCCUCUUACUGACAUAGGUGUAUCAGAGGUCUUGAAGCAGAAUGGUGAACCACUUCUAGUUCAAAAUCGAAAUCAGGCAUGUUUGCCCAGUGUUCCUAUGCCUUAUAAUAUUAGUACGUCACCCCAAAGGGUUCCUGGUGGUCAAAUCCUUCAUACAAGGGAUUCAAAGCCCAGGCCAGCAUCUCCACUCAUCCAGAAAAAUUUCAGGGAGCCAAGUCAGAAUGCAGAGGAUGAAGACUCGUGGUCUUGUGCAGCCAGCAAGGACCUCUCACAUCUCGGAGAUGUGGCUGUGGCGAAUUGGCUGGCUAAGGGAACAAACAUUAGGACAGUGCCAGAACCGUGCUCCGAGCUAACAAAACAUGGUGCAGCAGGAUCCCUUUGUGGUCUGGAGAGCAAGGAAUCAGGCCAUGAAUGCAGUGCUAUGUCCUCCUAUACAGAGAAGGAAUACCGUAUGCUGUUGAACUUUUUUAAAACUAUGGGUUACAAAGAGGACAUUAUUAAGAAGGUUUUGGCAGAGAGUGGCUUGCAGGAACCUUCAGCGAUUCUGGACAGGGUCCAGAUGGAGCAGCAGACCUUAAACUUAGAGGAGUCACCAAAGACUAGGGGAAAUGAGGAGAGCAAUUUCAACAUGGCAGCCACAGUGGACACUGAUGAAGACUUUAUGCUAGCAAUUUUAAAGGUAGCUGGUGAGAAAUGUGGCUACACAGCCAUUGAGAUCAGUGAAACAUGCAAAGGCUUGUUGGCUCACCCUCAUGAGAUGCUAAAGCAGCUGAAUGAGAGAAGGAAGAGAAGUGAGAAAGCUGCUGAAGUAUCGGACAUUUCUCAGGCUGAACAGCUCCAGAUGGAAAGGCUACAUUUUAGACCUUCCCAGCCAGGCACAUUUAAUGAACUGCACAAGCAAGAGAGAGAGUCCUCACCAUACUGCCACAAUCACAGGAGCAGCAGUCCCUCUAAAGUGAACCUCAGAGGACCACCACAGCAAAACUAUGCACACACUGCAGAUAGACUUUUUUCUGAAAUGGAACCAGCGGUAGAGCAGCCAGAGUGCCAGAAACCUCUGGCACUUUCGGACACUUACAGAGACAGUGUUUCUGCCGCUAAUACUUCUAAUUCACUACCAAAAGAGCACUCCCAUCUAGGAGGGCAGGAUAAGGUUCAGAACCAAAACACCAUGGUGACAGUGACUGGCGCACAGCGGUUUCUUGAUGCAAUGCAAACUCCAUACAGUCUGACGCUGGCGAAUGAGGGGGGCAAGGAUAACUUGAGGCAUGUCAUCAUUGACGGCAGCAAUGUUGCCAUGACACAUGGUCUGUCCAAAUUUUUCUCUUGUCGAGGAAUUGCAUUAGCAGUGGAGUACUUUUGGAAUCGAGGUCACCGCAAUGUCACGGUUUUUGUUCCCAGCUAUCGGAAGAAGAAAGAUGAUAAAAUUAAGGAACAAGAACUACUACAGCAGCUGACAGAGCUUGGUCUGCUAUCCUUCACACCAUCAAGGACUGUUCAAGGGAAGACCAUCGCCUCAUAUGAUGACAGGUUUCUUCUGCAACUUGCAGAGCAGACAGAUGGUGUCAUAGUGACCAAUGACAAUUUGAAAGACCUGGUUGACGAGUCUCCGAAGUGGAAAAAUAUCAUCAAAGAAAGAAUUCUACAGUACACAUUUGUUGGCGAUAUAUUUAUGGUACCAGAUGAUCCUUUGGGUAGAAAUGGACCUUUUCUGGAUGAAUUUCUUUCACAAACUAAAAGGGCUCUACCUGCUGCCUGCCAUUCAUUUGCUGGCCGAGGGACACCAAUUCAGCCAUCGCAUCCAAAUUCACAGACAGAAGUCUUGAAUUAUCGAGACAGGAGGCCUGGUAGACGUUCUGUCAAUGAGACAGAAAGGCUCCGUGGAGAGCUGUUGAACAUUUUCACAGACCAAGACAUUAAGGUUGACUUUGUUCUGCAGAAGUACCCAACACUGACAGAUCUAUGCAUGCUAUCAGACUUAAUUCUGGGCCUCCAGUUCUAAGCUUACUUUGUGAUUUGUUCUGAACUCCAAUGACUUGAAGGCGUACCUUCCAAGGCAGUUACCACCCACUUUGUCAGUAUCUGUGCAUCAUGAAUUCUUUCCAUAUGUCCAUAACGUUUGAAUGGUGGGCUUUAAUUGUCUAUUUGUUACAAGUGACAGACAUUCUCUCCUUUAAUGCGUCCUCUUUAGUACCUUGAAAAUGAGUUAUAUUUAAAGGGGAAAGGUUAACACUAAGGACCUGAAGUUCAGGGCAGUGGCUUGUCCUGAUAUGCAGUCUGUGAUUGAUAAAGAGAUUUUUAGCUUAUUUACUUGAAAUAUAUUGGUUUCAUCAGGUUGAGUCCAUUGCAUUUAGAUCUGACAUUUUGCUGAAACCAGAUAUUCCAAUACUCUCUGCAGUUCAUGUCAAAACUGGUCUGCAGUAUUAGUGUACUUAGUAGUUUAAAAGGUGUAUUGCUGCUGUUAUAACCUUCUGAUAGAUGUGCACAGGCGCUGCGAACCAUGCAGAUUAACAGAAGAGCUUAACUUAAGUAAAGUCAAACAUUCCCAGCAGGCAUGUCACUAGCGUCACCACAGUUGUAAUUCAGCUGUGCAACUACUGCUCAGAAUUCUGGGAUGUUGGUCACGUUCAGAGACCAUAAAUUCAUCCCAAUAUUGUUUGUUUAAUAAAAUGGGUAUACAUUAACAGUGCAGAUUUAUUUAUUUAUUUAUUUAUUUAAAUAAAUAAAUAAAUCCAUCCCGAUAUUGUUUAAUAAAAUGGUUAUACAUUAACAGUGCAGAUUUAUUUAUUUAUUUAAAUAAAUAAAUAAAUCCAUCCUGAUAUUGUUUGUUUAAUAAAAUGGUUAUACAUUAACAGUG